AUAGGUUCCAGCAUUUAUUUAGAAAUGCACGAUUCCAAAUAUAAAACGUCUGUUUUGUGAGCUCUACUUCCACUGCAGGAAAGUCACAGGACAAGUCGGACCUGUUGCGAUCAGAUUCUAGAAUUAAAGCACCGGGGCGCAAAGACAAACUUCUACAUCAACGCACACACAGUAGCCACAGCAAGAAAGCAGCAAAGAACCAAAUCCACAUCAAAAAUGCAGUGGUUUCUUCUGCUCUCCAUUGCAGCUUUUCUACUGAUUAUUCUCUAUCUUAUCCGCAGAAGAAGCAGGUUACCUAAUGAACCACCUCUGGAUAAAGGCCUGAUCCCUUGGCUGGGACAUGCCCUGGAAUUUGGACGGGAUUGUGCCAAGUUUUUAUUGAAAAUGAAGACCAAACACGGAGACAUUUUCACAGUCCAAGUGGCCGGGCGAUUUGUAACGUUCCUGUUUGAUCCUCAUUCAAUCGACACAGUUGUAUCGGAAUCCAGUGCAAAGCUGGACUUCAGAAAGUACUCAUUGGCUUUAAUGGAUCGAAUCUUCAAUCUUCAGCUUCCUGACUAUGAUCACACUGAAGAAAGAGCUAUGAUGAGAAUGCAUCUCCAAGGAAGGGAUCUAUCCUCACUCACACAGGCAAUGUUCUCCAAUCUUAAAUCCUUGUUGGUGGCGGAUGAAAAUGGCACAACAAACAGCUGGAAGCAGGAAGGGCUGUUCAACUUCUGCUGUGGCACAAUGUUCAGGUCAGGAUAUCUUACACUGUAUGGAAAUGCAGCUGUACCAAAUCAGGGGCAAACAUCCAAGAUUAAAGAUAAAAUUAAUUCAUCUGAAGUCUACAAUGUGUACAAACGACUGGAGCAGGUCUUGAUGAAACUAGCCCGCUCCUCAUUAUCAGCAGAUGAGAAGAAGGAGGCUGCCUUGGUAAAAGAGCAUCUUUGGCAAUUGAUGUCUGUGGAGAAUCUAAGUUCAAGAUCGAACAGAAGCAGCUGGAUUCAAACAUACUGCAACCACCUGCAACAGAUCGGCCUUGACAAGGACAUGCAGGCCCGUGCAAUGGUUCUCCAACUCUGGGCCACACAGGGUAAUAUCGGGCCCGCAGCAUUUUGGCUACUUAUAUUUCUCCUGAAACACCCAGAGGCAAGACACGCUGUUCAGGAGGAACUAAAGAAUAUCAGUUUCAACCAGACAAUGUCCUCUGUUAGUCAAGAUCUUCUCAACAGUACACCUGUCCUCGAUAGUGUUAUAAAUGAGACCCUGAGACUGACUGCAGCGCCAUUCAUCACUAGAGAAGUUCUUCAGAAUAUGACUCUGCGACUUACAGAUGGCAGAAGCUAUUCCUUGCGAAAGGGAGACAGAUUGUGCCUCUUUCCUUAUUUAAGUCCCCAGAUGGACCCGGAAAUCUAUGAAGAGCAUGAGACAUUUAAGUACGACCGGUUUUUGCACAAAGAUGGGACGAAGAAGACAAAUUUCUUCAAGUGUGGAAGACAGUUGAAGCAUUACACAUUGCCGUGGGGAGCAGGGACUAAUGUCUGUAUUGGACAAUCCCUUGCAAUCAACAGCCUAAAAAUGUUUGUCUUUCUCAUGUUAAGCUGCUUUGAUUUUGAACUUUCUGAUUCAAAGAUACCAGUCCCAGCCUUCGACACAUCCAGAUAUGGAUUUGGGUUGGUGCAGCCUAUAAACGACGUCACGUUUCGUUAUAAGUCCAAGACUGAAUAAUCCAAGGCAUCACAUUCCAGAAUUCUCCAGCUUGCCGGGGAAUGUUGGCAAUGCUUCCUGCGUGGCUAGAACUGUGCAAUAUUUACGUGUAAGAAGUGAACUGCAGAUGCUGGUUUGAACCGAAGAUAGGCACAAAAAGAUGGAGUAACUCAGCGGGACAGGC